AUGGCUACUACUCACUCACCACGGCGUUCACGCAAAAUACGUCGUUUCUCGUCGGGUACCGUUGGCUGGCCACCAGGCUCCCCUAGGUCCAUUGCCUCAGCACCCCUCCGACCUCACAAUCGUAGCAGGCAAGUCUCACUGAGCCCGCCGCCAGCCACUUCAAGCGUGCUCUUCCGUCGCCGUCUGCGAUAUGGUGAAGGCUCUGACUACGAAAAUGAAGAGCCAUCCUUCACCCACACGAGACAUCGUCGACGCUCACUGACGCCAGACUCUCAUAUGUUUGAGAGACGAUCGCGUCCCACUGCGUAUUCCUCUUUGCCGCCCACCCCGCUCUUACCUUCGCGGCCGUAUACCCCUCCGACACCUGUUUCGCCCGUAUCCCCCACUUCCCCAACAUUCCUUCCGGAGGAGGAGGCUCCUCCAUCAACAUCUCAAGCACCUCCAUUCUCAUUGUGGGAUUACCUACGUGAGGAGUUGCUUGCGACGGAUUUUGACUCUCAUCAGGAGAUGAAAUGGGAGCGCGUGAGCAAUUUUUUGAGCAUGCCCUUGGCCAUGGAAAAGAUCAUUGGAUUUGGCUUUAUCCUUUGUUUCGACUCGUUCCUCUAUACGUUUACCAUCCUCCCCAUCCGCUUUGCUCUUGCCCUCUUUCGGUUUCUCUCGAACCUCUUCAGGCGAUCCGCCCCUCCCUUACCCCCAUCUCAAAAAGCUGAUCUAUUGCGAGCGCUGCUGCUUAUCAUAUCCCUGCUCAUCCUAAACCCACUCACCGACGCGAGUAAGAUCUACCAUGCUAUUCGUGGACAAGACACAAUCAAGUUGUAUGUCAUCUUCAACGCCCUUGAGAUCGCAGACCGAUUAUGUGCUUCAAUAGGACAAGAUAUCCUUGACUCGUUGUUCUCCCGGUCGAUAUUGGAACCUCUCUCCCACCGAAUACCCGUGACGACUGAUACUUUUCGUCCCUUCUUUUUCUUUUUCCUCGCAACCCUUUACAAUGUUGCUCAUGCCCUCGUAAUGGUGUAUCAACUCAUCGCACUCAACGUCGCCAUCAACUCGUACGACCAUGCCCUUCUGACGCUACUGGUGUCGAACCAAUUCGUUGAAAUAAAGGGUAGUGUAUUCAAGAAGUUUGAAAAGGACAAUCUUUUCCAAAUCACCUGUGCCGAUAUCGUUGAACGAUUUACACUCGCUCUUAUGCUCUGCAUCGUUGCUUUCCGUAACCUCAUUGAACUCAGUGGGACUGAGUUUGACUUCACUGAAGGGUUUAUACUUCCAAAGAGCUUCGGUUGGUUUAGAGGGAACAACGUGCUCUGGACGAUAUCUUACCCUGUAGUGACAGUUAUGAUCUCGGAAAUGCUGGUCGACUGGCUCAAACACGCAUUCAUCACAAAGUUCAACCACAUCCGACCAUCAGUAUACGAACGGUUCACGGACGUGCUUUGUCGAGACCUCGCAAGCGGGAGCGCGGUUGGUCGUCGUGGGGCAAGGAAGCACACUUUCGUAGAUCAAUCGCCUCUUGUGGCGCGCCGAUUAGGAUUUGCCUCCGUACCCCUAGCAGCACUCGCCAUCCUUGUCGGCUCCCAGUCGAUCAGUUUGAUGUUCUCUGCCAACUCAGACUUUACAUCUCCUUGGACGUGGACAGUGUGGUCUCUCUCGAACGCGGAGAUAGCCCAUUAUUUGACGUGGGCUGCGAUGGGGGUUCUGUUUUGGUUAUGUUUCGUAGUUAUCAAGGUUAUAAUCGGCGUUAACCUCAUUAGCUAUGCUACGCGUCGGCGGUCAGGAAUGGAGGCCCGCGAGGUGGCUGAUGUCGUGAACGAUUUUGGUAGAGAUCCUAUAGGGGAAGGGAAAGAGGAACAAAAAUACAACAAGGAGUUGAAAUCCCUUCUGGACAGUGAUCGCGAUGAUGUACCGCGUACGGCUGAGAUUGGGGAAUAUAGACCUGGUGAUGUAGGGAAGAAGAGGGGUAGGGUGAAGUUGGAGGAUCUGACGCGGUAUACGAUGGUCAAGCGAAUCUGGUAG